AUGGAGGCAACCGAUGCGAACAAACACAAAAACAUGGGCUUCCGUCGCACGGCCGCCUCCUCCGGCGCCUCAAGCGGGCCGGGCAGCGUCCCCGCCGAAGACCUCCGCUUCGCGUCCACCGCGGUCGCAGCCGAGUGCAGCGAGAUGCCCGAGCAGGAAGUCGUGCCGGCCGAGGGAACGGCCUCUGGCGGCAACGGCUCGUCCACGCCGUGGGCGAGCAGCUCCGACCCGGAGAGCAAGGCGGACGCGGAGGCGUCGCAGGCCUCCGUCGCGCCGGACACCGUCGCUGCCGGCGAGGCGGCGGGCGGCGUCGGCGAGGAGGAGCCCGAGGCGCCCUCGUCGCAGGUCCCAGAGGUCGUCGAGACGGACGUCGAGGAGCACGAGGACGACGAGGACGGCGACGGAGAGGUCGAUCCCGCGGCGAGGCCCGCGCCCGCAGGCUCGCCGGCGCCGAUCCCGGAGGUUGUCGAGACGGACGUCGAGGAGCACGAGGGCGACGAGAAGGAGGCGCCGCCGAGCGACCCCUUUUCCAUGCCCGAGAGCGAGCCACCAGCGGUCCGCACCGCGCCGGCGGCGCGCAAGAGGCCCACGCCCGCUCCCGCCACCCCGUCGGCCGCUCACGCGGCGCUGACCGAGGCGUCGCUCGAGGGCGACGCGCCGGCCGAGGAGGAGGGCGACGGGCCCACGCCGAGCGCGGCCCCGCCCGUCCGCCGCAAGCUCGACUCCAAGCCGCGCAAGCUGGGCCAGCCCUCUGGAGCGGCCAAGUCAAAGCCGACGCCGCAGCGCAAGCCGGGGGAGAAGCCGCGUGCACAAAAGUCGCGCGGCGAGGGCGCUGCGUCCGAGCCAAAGAAGAAGAAGGCGAAGAAGGACCCGGACGCGCCGAAGGGGGCGCUCUCGGCGUACAUGCUCUGGUCGAUGCAGGAGCGCAAGUCGGAUGCCUACGCCGGCAUGAAGGUGCCCGAGGCGGGCAAGGCGCUCGGCGCGGCGUGGAAGACGAUGGACGAGGCGGCGAGGGCGCCGUGGGUCGAGGCGUCGAAGGAGGACCACGCGCGGCACGCUCGCGAGAUGGCGAGCUACGUGCCCAGCCCCGAGUACGCGCGCGCUCAGGCCGCCGCGCCCAAGGCGCGCUCCGGCAGCUCCGGCGGCGCCAAGAAGGCGGCGACGCCCGCCUCGCGCGGAGGCGGCAAGGGCGCGGCCGCGUCGGCCGCGAGCAAGAAGAGCGCCGCCGGCCGCAAGCGCAAGGCUCUGGCUCGAGGCGACGCGGACUCGUCCGACGACGAGGCCACCCCUUCCAAGCUCGCCUUCUCUCCCCCGCCGCCGCUCGCGGACGCGCCGCCGCCAAUGCUGGAGGACGUUGGCGCGAGGGUGGCGUGGGUCCCGCAGUGCUACAACGAGUUUGCAAAGCGCUACGAGGCGGAGCUGGACGCGCUCCAGCUGGUGAUCGACGUGCCGGCCGACCUGCUCGAGAGCCCCGCCGACGGCACCGCGCACUGCGCCGAGAUCAUCGCCAUCCACCCCGCCGAGACGGAGGGGUGGGAGCUGCUCACUCUCCGCGGCGUCCCGUUCGGCGGCGGGUCCGGCGCGAGCGAGGGGGCAGAGUACUGCCUGCCGUACGUGCCGCGCCGGCUCUGCGACGUGGACCAGCACGUUUGCGCGCUCAAGGAGUACCUCGCCUCGCGCGAGCGCGCCCUCUCCGCCUCGGCGUCUCCGCACGUGCGCGUGCCCUUUGCCGCGCCAGACAGCGAGGGCGAGGAGGAGCUGUGGGAGGGGCGGGUGUGGAGCCGCAAGCCCUUCGACGCCCUCAACUACCCCGACUCGCUCUACCGCUGCCUCAACUGCGUGUGGUACGUCGCCUCCCCCCGCGAGCACGAGGGGGCGUCGAUCCAGCCGCUGUGGGUGAGCCCGUGGGAGGCGCUCCCGAGCGACACGCACGGCCGCUGGUCCAAGCUGAACCCUCCGCUCGCAAAGCUGGUCGACCAGCUGCGCGUCGACCGCGACACCUACUCCAAGCUGGUGCCCGCCUCCGAGUCGCUCGAGAUCACGGACGCGCUCGCCGGCCAGGCGGGCGCCAGCGGAGCCGCGCUCGAGCGCCUCCGCCAGGACACCUUUCUGCGCGUGCUCAAGCGCCUCCAGAGCAGCGAGCCCGGCCGGUACUUCCAGCCGCCCGUGCCGGCAGACGAGGUCGAGUACUACCGGCAGGUGGACCGCCCGAUGUGCCUGGCCGCGGUCCAGUCGGGGCUGGAGGGGUCCAAGUACGCCUCGUGGGCCGCCUUCGAGGCGGACGUCGUGCUCAUCUACGGCAAUGCCAUGGAGUUCAACGAGGAGGACUCGCUCCCCUUCUACCUGGCGCAGAUGCUCGAGCACGAGUUCAACGAGGCCAAGGAGCUCGUCCGGCAGGCGCUGCCGGCCGUGCUCGAGUGA